AUGUCGGCAUUUGAUGGGAUAAGCACCAUCCAAUCAAUCACGGGCGAUGCUCGUGAACGUCCAACUUCCACUUGCAUUUACGCUUCUACUUCGACCUGUCACUCUAUCCCAAUACCUCCGGAGCCGUUCUUGAUAGAUCUCUUUUGCAAUUGGAUUGAGGAUCCGGAGGCGGUUUUGAUUCGGGAUUGGGGUUGUGAAGAGCGAGGAGUGAUUGGAUCGUGGAGUAUUGCGGAGUUUUUGCGGGAUGUUUUGGAUGUCAGGGGGAGGAUUUGGGGGGAGUUGGGUGUUGAGGAGAGAGGGAGAUUGAGGCCUGGAGCUGGAGAAGAGGAAGAUGUUUUUAUUGCGGUUGUUGCUGGGGGUUGUUAUGCUUUUGUGGUUUUGGCGUUGGCGGUUUAUGUUAUUGGGGGUGUUAUUGUUCCAUUAUCACCACGAGUCCAUCCCGAAGAAGCAAAAUACUUCCUCGAAACAUGCCACGCCUCCCUCAUCUGCGCAGUCCCAAGUACCGCAACCCACGUCCAGAAUCUAACAAAAACACUCAGCACAACUAUCCCUGUCUUCACCUACACCCCACAAAAGACACCCAACAACCCCUCCCCCCAUCCGCUUCUCCCUCUCAGACUCUCCACCACCCCACAGUCCAACAAGAGGAUUCGUCCUCCUAUAUACCUCCGGCACAACCGGCCCACCAAAAGGCGUCUUCCACGACCGCACCUGCACAACGGGCGGGUUUCUCACACGCUUCCCGAAACCACCGAUGGUAUCCAGUGGUCAUACUUAUCUACAUCAUAUGCCCGUGCACUGGGCCGUGAUGUAUUUAGUUCAUCGUGGUUAUUGAACAGACUUCGAGAUGAGAAUUUACCUCCCGUGACGUCUUUGCAUUUACCCCCGCCGUUGUUGAAUGACGUCGCAGCCGAGCUUGCAAACAUGCAGAAAAAUAAUCCGGAUGGUUAUGCAGUUGUAUUAAAUGGGAUAAGGGGACUGAAGGUCCUGGCUUCGGGUGGAUCGACUGUCACGCCGAGGCAGAGGGUGAUAUGGAGGGAGUUAUUGCGGAGGCCGCUUGUCGUUGGGUAUGGGAUGAGUGAGAGUUUGGGGGUUGUGGCGUGUACGGAUUAUGGGAGGAGGGGGGAGUAUCCUGUGGACUCUGUCGGAUUGCGGGUGGCGAAUGUUAAUAUGAAGAUUGAUGGGAAUGGGGAGAUUUGUAUCAAGUCGCCUGUUCUGUUUAAGAAAUACAUAUCUCCCAAUCCGGAUAUUAUGAAACAUGUGUUCGACUCUGAGGGAUUCUUUCGAACUGGGGAUCUUGGAAAGAUCGAGGAUGACGUUGUAUACCUCCUCGGGCGAGCGUCGCAAGAUGUUAUCCGAUACUAUCUAUGGAGAAUACAUGCACCCGAAGUCGAGAGCGCGCUGUCACAGAUAGAUGAUAUCGCCCAUGCAGUUAUCCUCGGCAUAAAAGACUCGGGAUGCGGAGAGCGUGCCGCUGCAGUAAUAGUGUAUCGCCAGCAGGAUAAGAGACACACGCAAGGUCUUGCAGAGCUCAGACGCAGACUUGCGACGGAGUGUAGCCUGGAAGCAUUUAAAUUGCCGACUCUUCUGAAGGUUGUUGGCAAUGUGGAAGAUAUACCAGUGACAGAGACUGGAAAACCAAUCAAGAAUAGAAUUGGAGAGAUUUAUUUUAGUGAGACGGCAGUUGGAAAUGGUGAUGUUGAAGUCUGGACUGAGAAAAGGGGCAGUGAUGUUGGGAGUAGGCCAUUCGAUUGGGAUGGGCUACAACGUUGA